AUGUAUCAAUGUAUUAUUCCACCACGUAUAUGGUUAUCAGUUGGAUUGAGUUUAUUGAUAUUCGGUUUGGUUUUGGGAUGGAUUUCAUUAGCCGUACCUGAUUGGCUACAAUAUUAUGAAAACAAUAAUUUAAAUCAAGAAUCAUCAAACGAUUUGAGAAAAUUUGGACUUUGGAAUAAUUGUACAUUUAAUACGAGAUUAAAUGACUAUGAUUGUACAUCUUGGAAUGGAAAUGCACCGAGUUUUGUACGUGUUACACAAUCUCUUAUUCCAAUCGGUUUGAUAUUAGGAACAGUCUCAUUAUUAGCAGCAUGUAUCGGUUUUACAUCUCGAAAAGCAUUUAAUGCAAGUGUGCUGUUUGCUGGUCUGUUUUCAUUUUUAUGCUUUGUUUUUACAAUAAUUGGUCUCACUGUAUUUGCUACAGAAUCAUUAGCUUUUAUCGAAAGAAUGCAUACAAAUUUAAAUUCACGUCGAUAUGGCAUGUGGCUGAUGAUACCAUGUUUAACAUUUUCAUUUUUGGCUGCAUUAUGUUUUAUUGUUGCUGCCAUUUUGAAUUGGUACGACUAUAAAAGUAUGAAAGUCACAGGGAUAUUAAAUCAUAGUACUGAUAAGUUUGGUAGUGUAUUCAAAGCACCAUCGGAGAGUAAUAUGACGGCUUUCAAACAUCAACAAUUAGCUCAAACAAAACCGAUAAUGCCGGCUCAUCAAUAUCCAGAAGCGUGUUAUCAACUUGGCGCUGUCCCAGGUUAUCCACCACCACCAAGUUAUGCUCCCCAAUUAAAUGGUGCUAUCAAUCCGGCAUUUCACUGUGGUCUCUAUGGUUAUUCUCGACCACCAAGUCCCAGUACGAAUUUCCUUUAUAAUCCCGACUUGUAUCAUCAUCGACAUUACAUAACUGAGAAUUCUGAUCUUGAAGAUGUUCCAAAAAACAGUCGUUCAAGAAAACGUUCUCAGUCUCGACGUCAUUCUGGUCAUCGUUCGAGAUCACAUAGUCCACGUGAAAAUAAUAACAAUGGACAUAAUCAGAAUCAACCCCAAUACAUUCCGAUCCCUAUACCAUAUUAUCAACCGCAGCCGCAACAUCCAGCACCAUCCGCAAACGGAACAGCUCAACAACUGCCACAAAUGCCCUACGUCAUUCAAACAUCAAAUCAAAAUCAACCGACUCAAUACAUUGAAGAACUCGUACAAACAAUUCCCCAAUCAAGAAUUAUAACAGAGGCGAAGGGUAACGUUCUUACUUAUCCUGUAUUAACUAAUGGUUCACUAUUGAUGAACACAAAUCCGAUUCAACUCACUGGUGGAGGUCAAACUCAACAACCUGUUUAUGCAAUAUCUUAUCGCACAAAUAAUUCAUCCAUUAUUCCUUCAAAUGGUCAACAAAUAGCAAUAACCACGGGACCACCAGCUACAUCCUACGUUACCACAGCAGCUAAUCCUUCAAGAGGCCCUUAUAUGUAUUCUCAAGCAAAUACCGACCAGAUUUUUGAAAUAACAUCCGAUGAUGAUGAGAAUAUGAUGCAACAAACACAACAAAAAUUAGCUACAAUACCAAGAAGAAAUGAUCAAAACAAAUCGAUCAAGGAAGCUUGGACGUGGCGAAAAUUAUAA